UGAAUCAUCCCAGCAGGAACCUAUUGUAGUGAAGGAGGAGAAAGUUUCACAUAGGACAACCUCGACGUCCGUUACCACUUCUGUCGCUGAUAGCCAGCCACCCGCUCAAAAAAAGGCCAAGAUUGAACCUCCCGCCACACGUGUUCCCAGUAUUCCUUGCCAAACCCAAACACCAGCAGAAUGUGGACACCACAGCAGAGCACAUGAAAACACGCGGCGCCUAUUGUACGGUGGACUUACCUGCAGCAAUGCAAGCAGACCAACGCUGGACGAAAAAAUAUCUCCCUAUGAUAAUGCUGUGGGCUGGAAGUUAUGAAAAUGUCUGGGUUAUCCCAGACGAAGUCCUUCUCCAUCAUGCUCAGCUCGUCUUUAACGCAGUAUACAAAGACCUCAAUAUUGAUCUUGCUCACGGCAGCAUGGUACAUUCACUUACCGCACAGCGCAUCUCAGAAUGGCGCAGUAAUUUCGGCUCAACAGCCAUAGUCAUCAUCAUGGACUUUAUGACACGGAAUCCUGACUGUGCUCCAAGUGUCCUUGCGACUUUCCUUCUCAAUAAUUGGGCCUUCUUGUUCGAAAAUCCCGACAGUCCAUCUCCCCUCACAGCAUACUGCUCUCCCUUCAUAUUGCAGCUGUUUGGCACAGCGCACCUCAAUGCCAUCAAAGGGUAUGUGGAGGUUCCCUCCUUCGACAUGCAUGAGCUUGCAAUGAGUGGGAUGUCAUGGGUUCUUGCCCUCUGUGCUGUAGCAAUCGAGCACGCCCUUGGGAUGAUCAAGAGCAAAAAUCUCAAGGUUCAAGAUGUUUUGUCGUCCGCAUCACGGAGUAAAGUGACCAUCAAGUUACCAAAGGUUCUCAACAAGCUUACGGGUAAGGAGACUAACAUUCCAUUCUUAUUUUCGGCAACUCUCUGGUCCAAAGCAACCAAAGCAUUCACAAAGUCUAUUUUGAGCAAGCCUGCUGGGUACAUGGAGGCCACCAUAGAGAUGGCACAUGCUACAGUAUAUGACGUCGCUGAUACACCGGCGAGCUCUCUCAAUGACAACGAGUCAGAUGAGGACGAGCGAGCUAUGAUUUGAUUUUGUUAACCAUUCAAGUUGCAUGAAGGGCACCGUCAGUUUUCCACCCCCACCAGUGUCAUGUUUUCUGCUGCUAUCAUAUUUCCUGCUGCCUCCGCUUUUUUGCUCGCAUCAUUACUUAAUUCCGCGCUUAUCACGCUUUCUAUGUAUGCCCUUUUCUUACUACUAUGAAAGGCUUGUGCCGCUUUCUCUGCUU